AAAAAAAAAAAGAAAGGGGAAAGAAGGCAAUUUGGUAUUUACUCGUUGAUGUCUGUGCAGUUGGGAUUGUUGGCAGUUAUCUCCAUUUCGAAGCAGGAUUCCGAAUUGUCAAGCUGGAUACAGAGAAGCUGAAUGCAAGGGAAAUGAGAAUGUGCACUUGACACCAAGACCAAACUGGCUUCCAGCCACAAUGCUUCUGGAUACCAAUGGGACCAGGAAUACCCAUCUACACCAUCACACUGUACUGUGUCAAGAACUCAAACGCUGUAGUGCGGAGCAGAAAAAAAGAAGCAGCCACAUCUAAAACCAACAUGGCAAAUGAGAGUUUUGCUGAGGCAUUGCAGAGACUAAAAGAGAUUCAUGACAAGGAGGUGCUCGGUAUGCAGGCAAAACUUUCAGAGCUCACAAUGGAAAAGUGCCGUGAUGCACAAAGAAUUGAGGAGCUGUUUUCCAAGAACCACCUACUGCGGGAACAGCACAAGGUCCUUAAUGAAAACAUUAAAGUGCUGGAGAACAGGUUAAGGGCCGGUUUGUGUGACAGAUGCACAGUGACACAGGAGCUGGCCAAAAAGAAACAACAGGAGUUUGAAAAUUCUCACUUACACAGCCUGCAGCAAAUCUCUGUCCUCGCCAAUGGGAUGAAAAGUAUAAAGGAAGAAAACCGAUCCCUUCUGGAAGAGCUGAAGAAGCUACAAUGUUUGGACAACAAACAUCACCGAUCCUUUCCCCCAGACAUCAAAGCUGCACAAGACUCACCACAAACACUUUCGGCCUCCUUAACUCACAAAAACAGUGUGGAGAAAACAAGUAUAGAAGAAGAGUCAGAGGAGCAUAUGCCUGACUAUCAGGCUUCAGAAGAGAAAUAUUCUGUGGCAGCCAAACCAUCUCCAGAAGGAAAGACAUCUCAGAUCUUAGGCCCCGAGACUCACUUUCAGGAAAACCAUAUGCCCAUGACACAGAAGAUUUUCCUAAGCUCAUUGAACCAGCAGAAAAUCUCCAAUCAGCUACAUGGGACAAUUGCAGUGCUGAGGCCGGGUUUCAGGAGCGGCCGUGAUGGAAUACCGUCCUCCCUUAAUAAACGGGCUUCAAGCAAUGAAAUGUAUUCCAAGGGAAGUGGGGUGGAUUCCAAUAAUGCUUCAUCACAACUUGACUCUCUAAAACAUGUUAUCCCAGAAGAACAAAUGUGUUUACUGCGACAACAUCUGGCACAAAGGCGACUUGGGCCACAUGCUCCCAUAGCCGUCGGAGACGGUCGCUAUAUUAUAACCAAAGGCCAAAACACAGAGGCCACAAGGAAAGUUUCCCAAGAUGACUGGGAUGAAAGGGUAGUUAUGGCCGAGCUCCAUGGAGCUAUGAUGUAUCUGAGAGACCGUGGAUUUAGAGGAAGGGGGAUACACCCUGACCAGAGAGACAGGCUUAAUUACAUUCUGACCAGACAACACCAAGGACAGAGGUCACCAAAAUCCCCAGCAGAUGUGCCAGCUUCUCAGCGAAGAGACACUGAUGAAGGAGAGUUGUCACUGCUCCAUAUGCUCAGCACUCACAUGAAGAACAAGCAACAUGAAAGCCAGACUGACGAGAAGGAAUUGGAAAAAGAUCCAAAGUAUGAAGAACCUGAGAAGAGAGAACAAGAAGAGCCUACUCCAGAUAAGCCCCUCGAUUUAUCUGAUGCCAGAAGAGGGCAGCCAAGCUACUGGUCUGGCAGCAAAAGUGAACAGAGAGGGCCACAUGAAGGGUUUUGCACAAGCCCAACUUUCACAAAUAACUUCUGUCGUCAAUCCAUAAAUACUGAUGUAAUGGGCUCAGAAGACGAUGGGUUAGUGGAGGAAGAAAACAUUUGCUCACAGGAAGACAUAAAAAGGAAUUCUUCUCCUUCCUUUGACAAAGAAAAAGAUGGAAUCUCUGGCAAAAGAUCAACAAGGGGACAUAAAAGAGAACGAUCUCUGGAACCAGAUAUGGAAGAAGAGGAGGGCCCAGUGAAAGAUGAGCAGUCGCCCCAAAUGUAUUUGAAUGAAAUGGAAACAUCUGACAGUGAGGCUGAAACAGAAAGCACCCACCUUGCACUGAGUGAGGGUCAGCGGGAUGGCUUCAGCAUGGACAAGACUAAUAGGAGAAACAAAUUGACCAAGAAGGGGCAUCAAGGUGCAGGGUCAAGCAAAUCUAUGAAAAGAAAGAAGAAAACUCUUUCAACAGAAAGCAACACAUCCCAAGAAUAAGCUGAUCAUUCACAAGCAAGAGUGCGAAUGAAAGAUACCUCGUGGGCAAAAAAAACUGCACAAGAGAUCAACUGAUGCAAGCAGGAACACUUCCCUUAAUUUAUAGAAUGGAAAUCUAUAAAUAGGCCAAAACUUGGCCAUAUGUUUAUAUGAAAUGCUGAACUCUACUGACAAUCGCUUAGUCUGUAUGCAGAAAAUAACCCCUUGGAUGAUCAUUCAUCAGUGCAAAGGACUAUGUGAACUCUUAUAUGGUUUAAGUGUCCACGCCUGUAUAUAUUCGUCAAUGCAAUUCAAAGCCAGACUUUGGAAACCACACAGUUGUAGUUACAUUUAUGGAUACUAAGACAAUCUUUGAGAUUCUGCAAUGUGUGGAUAAGACAGUUUAUACUGUAUAUGUAAAUGUAUGGAUUCUACGAGCAGAACCUGCUCACCUGCUUUUAUGUAAUGUCAUGAAUUCUAAUACUGGGGUCCCAUAAUAUACUGUAUGUGAGCUACCAUAUUGUUUCCCUUAAAUGGUACGAAACUAUCAUUUAGAGUGUACACACAAUAUUCCUUCUAUGCAUAUUUGAAUUUAUAUAUAUAUAUGAAUGGGAGCUACCAUAUUGCUUCCUUUAGUGCAGUAUGAAGAUAAAAGCUUAGUAGGAGCACAGUGCAUUUCUUCUCUGCCCAUGCAAAAUCUGGUAACUCCCAUUCACAUACGUGGGAUCCCCGUAGAAUAUUUCUGGCUCAUGUAGCACUUAUAUACUUAUACACCCUCCCAUAAUCCCACAGACCCUAUUUUACCAUUAAAUCUCUGUAAAUGUGGUCUACUUGUAACAACAAAAGAAGCAGUUUAAAAUGCUCAACCCAAAAAAAAUUCUGCUUCAUAAAAGAAAACAUAAUUCUAAGCAACUUUGCAAUUUACAUUCAUUACAAAUGUUCUAUGGUUUUUUUAAGUUAUCUGUAUAUGUAUUCUAUUGGCUUUGAGGGGUAGCUAGGCAUACAACCAGGACCACCAUCAGAAAUCGCAGGGCCCCAUACGACAACAUUUCCUGGGCUACGCCCACCGCAAGCCCCACCUACAGGUCCGCCCUCCCCACCACACAGUAAAAAAACAAAAAUAAUAUUGGUG